GCAUUCAGGUUCAAAUAGUCACUUUCUGACCACUUCUACCAUGGGAAAAUACGAAUGGAAAGUUUUGUUCAAAUCAAAAGGGGUGCAGUGAAAAAGUGAUUGAAAUCAAAUGGAACGACCCUUUUGACAGUGAAUAUCAGUGAAUGCAAAGUUUAGCUGUGAGUGUUCAGUCAUGUUGUGCCUGGUCAUUGUAAACUGAAUGACACCGAAUACAUACUCACCAAUUCCCCCCAUCGUUACCCCUCCACUCCCAACUAGACGAGGGCUGAAUCCCCCCCACAGAGUGAAGUCCAUCUCUAUGACCACCUUCACGCAACAGGAAAUUGAAUUCCUACAGAAACACACCAACGAGGUAAUGCCAUUAAGUAAUGUAAUGUACUAAGAAAUGUGUACUUCAAUCCUAGUCCUGGGGAUCUGCAGGGAGUGCAGGCUUUUAUUCCAGCCUAGCACUAACAAAUCCGAUUCAUUUGAAGGUAUAGAUGAUUAGUUGAUUCAGAUGUGUUAGUAUUGGGCUGGAACAAAAGCCUGCUUACCCUGUGGGUCCCCAGGACCAGCAUUGGAAAAACACUGGAUUAGUAUCUUUGUGCAUGUCUGCCUCCUCAUGUCUGCUUUCUUUAUUUGAAGUUUAUUUUGUUUCUCUCAAGGGAGAUUAUUGGCAUUCCUUUUUCUCUCUCGCGCUCUCUCUCCACGCCCUCUCCCCAAACACUUUCUCUCCUCUAGGUUUGUAAACACAUCUGGUUGGGGCUGUACGACGACAGGACAUUGGUUGUUCCAGACUUCCACGAACCACAGAAAGUAAAAGAAUUCCUCCAGGAAAAGUACGAGAAAAGGAGAUGGUGAGAUGCUUCAUUUCAGUUCAUUCAUCUGUUUGUGGUUCACUGAGCUUCACUCAUUUGCCUUCUAUUGCGUUGUGUGAACUGAACAUCUUCAAAAGCAGAAGAAUUUGAUUUGAUUUGAAGAGCCGACAGUUUCUAUUGUGAUGUAUUAAGGGGAAAUCCCUCUCAGAACUCUCAAUGUAUAAUCUUAUGAAUUCACCUUAAAAAAAACAAGUAACAGCCCAUUUUUACAUGUCAAAAUUAUUUCACCUUGGGAACUCCCCAUCGAUUCCACCCAUGGAUCUAUUUUUAUUUAUGGUUGUGUUCACACAGGUACGUCCCUCCAGACCAGGCUAGGACGGUAGCCACAGCCCAGGCCUCCAAGUCGGGCUCCUCAGCUAGCAGCACAGGCAGCACCCCGGAGAUCCAGCCCCUGAAAACCCUGCAGCUCAACAAGACCCCCCCAACGCGUCAGGUAUUUCCCCCAUCUUCUUUCCUAACAUAUGGCGUAAUACAUUUCAGGCUGAUGCGCUUUUGAGUCAUUUCCUAACAUAUGGCGAAAUCCAUUUUAGGCUGAUGCAACAUUUUUUUUCAUGAUUUUGUCUAGGGUAAAUUCAAUCACUUUAAACGUAAUCACUUUUUGACAGCACCCCUUUUGAUUUGAAUGAAACCUUCCAUAGAUAUUUGUACAAGUGCUCAAAGUGACUUUUUGGACCUGAAUGCCAAAACAUUCAAGAGAUAAUGGUGCUCAAAGUUGACCCAUUUUUGCAUACACCACCAAACCAUGAGACAUCCAUGUCUUCAUCACUGGGAAAUAUAAUUUGUUGAGAUUGAUAACAUUUGAACGUUUAUAAACAGCGUUGUCAAACCAUUUUUUUAUUACAUACAUUUUCUAAAAACGUGUAAAUGCGUUUAAAAAAAAAAAAUAGAUUUUCACAUAUGUUGUAGUUUAGACUGUAUUUUACAUCUUUUUGUGUUGUUUUUGUGUUGUGCCUGCCAUCUGUUGAGACACAACAUGCUCUUGAAUACAGGGUGGGUGUUAUGUUUUGGCUGAUAAAUGUACGAAAAUAUUAAUACAAUGGAAAUGUCAACUUUCAAAUGGUACCACAAAGAUGGUUGGAGGUCCACACUUCAGAGAAUGUUGACUUGAAUGUUUUAUUUAUUUUAUUGUAUUUAUUUAACCUUUAUUUAACUAGGCAAGUCAGUUAAGAACAAAAACGUAUUUACAAUGACUGCCUACCCUGGCCAAACCCUCCCCUAACCCGGACAACGCUGGGACAAUUUGUGCACCGCCCUAUUGGACUCCCGAUCACGGCCGGUUGUGAUACAGCCCGGGAUCGAACCCGGGUCUGUAGUGAUGAUUAUCUCAAUGAACAUAAUAGCAUUUUCAUUAGUCUGUUUCUCUAGGCUGUAAGUAAAAAUGAAAAACCUUUAGUUUAAGAGCUAAAUCCAUCACAAAGAAAUCCAUUAUAAUUUUGUUUUGGCAGGUCAAAAGAAACAUUAGAAAGAAAACAGAAUAGCAUAUUUUAAGUGUAUUAUGUUACUAGUCUUUGCUUAGUAGCCUGAGCAAUACUGACAAGCGAGUGCUCAUGAAUGCAUGGACAGCGCAGUUAUUCUUGGGAAAAGUGAUAUUUGGAAAUGGAGAACUGCAGAAUAUGCUCUUUCUAAUACUAUAUAGCAAUCAGAACGUUUUACCUUCUUUUUUUAUUUAUUUAACCUUUUAUUUAACUAGGCAAGUCGGUUAAGAUCAAAUUCGUAUAUACAAUGACUCUCAAGGCGCGCUGUCAAAUUAUUUGCUGUAAACAUAUUUGCUGAUAAAUAGACAUAAUACAAAUGUAAAGAAUUAAUUGCAUAAAGAAAUAUUCGUGAAAAUAUAUAUUCAAUAUAUACGUCCUACAGCACAUUUGUAUUGGCCAAGUAAGGUAGGAAUAGGUGUGGAGAGAAGAAAAAAUGGGUAAAAAGCUCUAAAUACUGUACUGAUUUAAAAAAAUUCGGACAACUUAGAAUUUAACUUGUACCAGCUUAAUUGUGGUGGUCUGAAGGGAUUGGUCCAUUCUAUGAGUUCUAUUUCUAUGAUUGAAAUGACAGCCACCCUGUAUUCAAGAGCAUGUUUCAACCGAUGGCGGGCACAACACAUCAUCAGAUGUGAAAUAGGGUCCAAGCUACAGUACAACAUUAUGCGUUUUUAGAUAAUUUAUGUUUAAGGUUUAAAAAUGACAAUUUCUAUUAACUUUUUUUUCAAGAAAUUAUGAAAUAGUUUGUCAACACUGUUUGUAAGCUUUUAAAUGAUAUACAUCUCAACCGUUUAUCUUUUACAUGGGCAAACAUGUAUAGAAAGUUUUGUUUAAAUCAAAAGGGAUGCAGUCAAAAAGUGAUUGAAUUCAAACCCUCUAAUCAUUUAUAUAAGUCAAUGGGUGCAACCCCAAAUGUCCCCAGUUCUUUUUCUUUAAAGCAUACCAUCAUUCCUCAUGCCCUUCCAUCUCUUUCCCUCUCCCUCUGCCAGUCGCCAGUGGUGGUUCGCUCCCAGGCCUAUCCUAUAGUUCAGGAGAAGAAGUUUGACCUCCUCUCUGACCUGGGUGGAGACAUCUUUGCUGCUCCGCCCUCUCAGGCUACCAGCAACUCCAACUUUGCCAACUUUGCAAAUUUCCCCAGCCAGUCAGGUAAUGAGUGGAAAUGGCCUUCACUCAAACUAACUUCUGUUUAAGUCAAAUUUUCAUUUAGUCGUGCAAUAAUGUAAAAGAGAGACUAAGUGAAAAUUUGACUUCAAUGGCAGUUCAGGAGUUUCCCAAUAUUGAGUAGAUUCUAAUUGUUUGUCUUCAAUGAGACAAUCAAAUCUUGAGGGCUUGGAAAUUAGCAGUUAUAGAGUGUAGUGUAAUAAGACUGCACACAUCAUUAUAAUAUGUUUGUGUUAAAUCAUUGUCAUUUGCCACUCCUCCCAUGUACCAUAACACCAUUAUGAUUUCCUCAUUCCUCACAUUGUCAGUGUUUUGUGUUUCCUCCUCUGUGGUUUGCAGCGACUCAGGUUAACUCAAAUGCCGACUUUGCCAACUUUGAGGCGUUUGGCAACUCUGGAGUACCUUCACAUUUCAGCACCUCACCCCCCUCACAGUCCUUUGCAUCAGGUACCCCUGGGUCCCAUUCUCAUACAAACCCUCUCAUUUACAUUAUAUCUGUUCCAAGCCCAACAGGGUGGACAACAUGUUAUGUUAUUUUUGGGUGUUAGUGUCCAUGUCCAUUGCCAUGUGCAUGAAUGAGUAUAUAUCUGACCCCUGUGUAUGUGUCUCUCUCGCGCUCUGUAGGGCGAGGUGUCCCAGUGCCGUCGGUGGCCGGUGCUGUACCGGCUCCGUCCCAGCUGGGCAACUCGGCAGAGGACCGCUACGCUGCCCUUGCUGAGCUGGACAACGAGCUGAGCUCCUCGGCCCCCACAGGGAGCAGUGUCCAGGGGUGAGAGACAGACACCACUUCAAAACAUGACACUAAAAAUACAUUUUAGAUUUGCACACUAACACUGCCUCUGGAUCUCGCUAAAACUUGUUUUUUAUGAUUCAAUGAGAUAACAAAUUGAUUCAUGUUAUGUAUUUAUGUGAAUCUAGGAAUAUGUUUGGAGCUGUGUUGGGAACCUCGCCUGCCCAGACUCAGCCAGUAUUACCCAGCAUGCAUGUGCAGCAAGGCUUUGGAGGUGAGUGGAUUGUGUUACACGUACCUGUACUUUGUUUUCUGAAAUGGGUGACCCUCAAAAGUAAUGAAAACAUAAUGUAAUGUCCUGUUUCAGCCGUCCAGUCCAAUAACCCAUUUGUUGCCCCCGCCCCGGAUAUGGCCACCAACCCCUUCCAGACCAAUGGUAUAGCACCGGCCGCAGGUGUGUGUGUGUGUGUGUGAGCACGGGAAAGUGCAUGCAUACAUACAUACCGUGUGUGUAUGGUUGAAGUCAGAAGUAUGAACACAAGCAUGCUUAAAGGGCAUGUUUGGGCCUCUGCUGGUUAAUGAGUGUCUAUUUGUCUGAAAUGGCAUUGUAGUAGAUACUGUACAUUGAAAGGUACGUUUGUGUGCCACUGUGUUUGUGGUCCUCACUCUGCCCUCCCCUCUCUGUGUGUCCUAGCCUCGUUUGGCACAGGUUCUGUGAGUAUGCCUGCUGGCUUUGGAAACCCCUCCUCUUACUGCCUCCCGACCAGUUUCAGUGGGACCUUCCAGCAGCCCUUCCCAGGCCAGGCCCCCUGCCCUUACCCCCAGUCGGGGGCCUACCACCCCCAGCAACCCAAUGGUAAGUAGUGUGCCCUCUCCUCCUUAGUAGUCUCACCCAUAUCACAAUAUCGUUUGGACUUUACUUCAAAGCAAAAUAUUGUGUUGUGACUCACCAAAUGUUUAGAAUUUUCUUGUGAGCCUGCGCUAUAAACAAAGGUUGUAUUUCUGGCUAGUAUCCCUGUAACGGUAAAUGUGAAAACUUUUCUAUUUGUAAUAACUUUUAGAUUUUUUUAUGUAAUAAACCCAGUAAAUGUAAUAACUUGCUGGUAAUCGUAAUAAAAUGUUGAACGUUACACGUAAUAACUUUUUCUGCUAAAUGUAAUAGUUAUUACAUUAACUGGUGAGUAACAACUUAUUUAAAGAAUAAUGUAAUAACUUCAACCAAUGUAUGCACAGUCACACACACACACACUGAUAAAAAAAAAAGUCCUGAAUGAAUCUGUAGGCCCUAGUAUUAAACAUGUAAUCUACAAUAGUUCCGUGCAAACAAGAGUCGUUAAGACGUCCCCGGGAUGUCACAAAAUGGUCGCCAGGACAUUGUGUCAUAGUCCCCUGGCGGUUUUGUCUAGUUCCCGGUUGGUCUAGGGGACGUCCCUGAGGAUGUUUUUAGGACGUUCUUUGGACAUUGUGUCAUGGUCCCCUGGAGGUUUUUGUCUAGUUCCCGGUUGGUCUCGGGGACGUCCCUGAGGAUGUUUUUAGGACGUUCUUUGGACAUUGUGUCAUGGUCCCCUGGAGGUUUUUGUCUAGUUCCCGGUUGGUCUCGGGGACGUCCCUGAGGAUGUUUUUAGGACGUUCUUUGGACAUUGUGUCAUGGUCCCCUGGAGGUUUUUGUCUAGUUCCCGGUUUGUCCGGGGGACGUCACCUGAUUGUCUCAAAUAAACGUCCCUCCCCCCAGUUUCAUUACACAUCACCCCUUGUUACUGUUGCCAAGCCCAUCAAGGCCCUGAUUGGUGAACCACUGAUCCAUUCACAGCUUUGUCUUUUGGUAAUGCUAGGGACACACACGCACACAAACAGUGCUUUUAACAUAGUGUUUUCAAAUGAUGUAUUUGACACAAUUUGACAUAUAUUACAUUGUGUAUGUUUAUUCAUACAGUAAUUAUUAUUUAACAUGUCCUCCCCUGGGAUUUGAACUCGCAACCUCUUAGCAUUCCAAUCUUCCUUCUAUGCCACCAUGUCUGUAUCAUCGACUGAUUUCACCUAUAGGCCUAUUCCUACACUUUGCACUUCAAAGUAAAUCUCAGCUCAGUUAAAAAUACACUCAAGAACAACUAUUAUAUUUAUCAUAGUGAUUCAGGAGUAACAGUAAAACAGAAUAUGCCCCACCAACAUUAGACAACUAUACUGAAAACCCAAACUGAAAUUGCUGAAAUAAGUAAGUGAAAUCAAUGAGAGAAUAGUUGGAUCAACUGAUAAUUAAAAUAGCAGUGCAGAUGGCACUCUUUUGUUAAGUGCAGAGGUGUAUUACAGGAAAUUAAUGUGUAGUGUACCCCAAAUAUAGAGGUCGUGAGUUCAAAUCCCAGGUGGGGUCAUAUUGAAAAGUCAGUACUAAGUGAUCAUGUCAAAUGUUAUCAUAUUGUCAUUGAUUUAAAUAUUUUUACACUAUUGUAGCUGAACAGCGUACCACUAACCUUAAAACCGCCAUACCAUUUCAUUACUUAUAAUGGUUUGGGACACCUGGGACGAUCACGUGACAAAUACCUCCAAGAAUGUCCAGGGGAGCUUCAGGGGAUCAUGACACGUCGCAAGAACGUCCUAAAAACGUCCUCGGGGACGCCGGGAAAUGGGAACUAGAAAAAGGUCCCCCAGAGAACGUUCCAUUGGGACCAUCAUGGGACGUCCUAAGAAAUAGUAAAAUGAACGUCCCAAGAAGGUCCUGACAUGAUCCUCAGUGACGUCCUGGGAACAUAUAGGAAACUAGGCGAAGGUCCCCCGGAAAAUGUUCCCAUGGGACCAUCAAGCAACGUUCUUAGAACGUUCUCAGAAUGUCAGAGGGAUAACAGUGAGCCAAAACACGUAAGGGACCUAAUGGGAACAUCGCUGAAUGUCCUCAGGGCGUCCCCUGUUUGCUGGGUUACUGCUGUUCAAUCUUCAUCUCAAUGAAUGCAUGUGCAUGUAUUCAGUUUUUUGCUGUUUAUAGUGUGCGGGUUCCUAAAUUCUUUGUCAAUAUAUUAUUUCUGUUUUAUUAUGUUUGUCUAUAUUCACCAUUUCACCAAGUCAAAUUCCGGGUAUAUGUACAGUGCGUUCGGAAAGUAUUCAGACCCCUUAACUUUUUCCACAUUUUGUUACAGCCUUAUUCUAAAAUUGAUAGUUUUUUCCCCUCAUCAAUCUACACACACUAACCCAUAAUGACAAAGCAAAAACAGGUUUUUAGAAAUGUUUAAAAAUAGAAAUCUCACAUUUACAUAAGUAUUCAGACCCUUUACUCAGUACUUUGUUUAAGCACCUUUGGCAGUGAUUACAGCCUCGAGUCUUCUUGGGUAUGACGCUACAAGCUUGGCACACCUGUAUUUGGGGAGUUUCUCCCAUUCCUCUCUGCAGAUCCUCUCAAGCUCUGUCAGGUUGGAAGGCGAGCAUCGCUGCACAGCUAUUUUCAGGUCUCUCGAGAUGUUCGAUUGGGUUCAAGUCCGGGCUCUGGUUGGGCCACUCAAGGACAUUCAGAGACUUAUUCCGAAGCCACUCCUGCGUUGUCUUGGCUGUGUGCUAAGGGUCGUUCUCCUGUUGGAAGGUGAACCUUCGACCCAGUCUGAGGUCCUGAGCGCUCUGGAGCAGGUUUUCAUCAAGAAUCUCUGUACUUUGCUCUGUUCAUCUUUCCCUCAAUCCUGACUAGUCUCCCAGUCCCUGCCUCUGAAAAACAUCCCACAGCAUGAUGCUGCCACCACCAUGCUUCACCGUAGGAAUGGUGGCAGGUUUCCUCCAGACGUGACGCUUGGCAUUCAGGCCAAAGAGUUCAAUAUUGGUUUCAUCAGACCAGAGAAUCUUGUUGCUCAUGGUCUGAGUCCUUUAGGUGCCUUUUCGCAAACUCCAAGCGGGCUGUCAUGUGCCUUUUACUGAGGAGUGGCUUCCGCCUGGCCACUCUACCAUAAAGGCCUGAUUGGUGGAGUGCAGCAGAGAUGGUUGUCCUUCUGGAAGGUUCUCCCAUCUCCACAGAGGAACUCUGGAGCUCUAUCAGAGUGACCAUCGGGUUCUUGGUCACCUCCCUGACCAAGGCCGUUCCCCCCCAGCUCUAGGAAGAUGUCUUGGUGGUUCCAAACUUUUUCCAUUUAAGAAUGAUGGAGGCCACUAUGUUCUUGGGGACAUUCAAUGCUGCAGAAAUAGUUUGGUACCCUUCCCCAGGUCAAUGCCUCGACACAAUCCUGUCUCGGAGCUCUACGGACAAUUCCUUCGACCUCAUGGCUUGGUUUUUGCUCUGACAUGCACUGUCAACUGUGGGACCUUAUAUCGACAGGUGUGUGCCUUUCCAAAUCAUGUCCAAUCCAUUGAAUUUACCACAGGUGGUCUCCAAUCAAGUUGUAGAAACAUCUCAAGAAUGAUCAAUAGAUGAUGAAUGGAAACAGGAUGCACCUGAGCUCAAUUUCGAGUCUCAAAGCAAAGGGUCUGAAUACUUAUGUAAAUAAGGUAUUUCUGUUUUUUGUUUUUAAUACAUUUGGAAAAAUGUCUAAACCUGUUUUCGCUUUGUCAUUAUGGGGUAUUGUGUGUAGAUUGAUGAAGGGAAAAAAAAAGAAUUUAAUCCAUUUUAGAAUAAGGCUGUAACAUAACAAAAUGUGGAAAAAGUCAAGGGGUCUGAAUACUUUCUGAAUGCACUGUAAAUGUCAUUUUUGAAUGAUUCUGAAUGUUGUUGAACAAUAGAACUUAUUUAUUUAUGCUUCAUAUGCUUACCCCAUCAUAACAUAAGAUUGUUUUACGCCAUACUCCAAACAAUGUAUAGCCUCAAGCAUGGUUUACAGAACUACCUUCGUUACAGUCCACCAACCAUUUCACCUAAUCACAGAUAUCUAUCCAUGUCACAGCACCAAUGGGACAGAAUGGUGUCUAACCUAGGUCUCCUGCAGGCCACAAGACUGUGUUACCCUGCUAAGCUUAAACGUAGGCAAGUUUAAUUACACCUACAUCACUUUUCAGGUGCUAUCCCCUACUGCCUUGGUGGCCAUGAGUAAGGCCCUUUGCCCCCUGCUACAAGGGCAAGGCUGACCCUGUUCUGUGUUUGGCGUGUUGAAAUCAUUCAUAACCCCAUCAUAACCUUCAUACCACUUAAAACAUCAAUCAUAUGUAAUCUUCAAAAUAUAAAUAUCUACACUGAACAAAAAUAUAAACGCAACAUGCAACAAUUUCAUAGAUUUGACUGAGUUACAGUUCAUAUAAGGAAAUCAAUCAAUUGAAAUACAUUAGGCCCUAAUCUAUGGAUUUCACAUGACUGGGAAUACAGAUAUGCAUCUGUUGGUCACAGAGACCUUAAAAAAAAGGUAGAGGCGUGGAUCAGAAAACCAGUCAGUAUCUGGUGUGACCACCAUUUGUCUCUUGCAGCGUGACACAUCUCCUUCGCAUAGAGUUUAUCAGGCUGUUGAUUGUUGCUUGUGGAAUGUUGUCCUACUCUUUAAUGGCUGUGCGACAUUGUGUUAUAUUGGCGGGAACUGGAACACGCUGUCGAUCCAGAGCAUCCCAAACAUGCUCAAUGGGUGACAUGUCUGGUGAGAAUGCAGGUCAUGGAAGAACUGGGACAUUUUCAGCUUCCAGGAAUUGUGUACAGACCCUUGCGACAUGGGGCCGUGCAUUAUCAUGCUGAAACAUGAGGUUAUGGCGGCGGAUGAAUGGCACGACAAUGGGCCUCAGGAUCUUCUAACGGUAUCUCUCUGCAUUCAAAUUGCCAUCGAUAAAAUGCAAUUGUGUUCGUUGUCCGUAGCUUAUGCUUGCCCAUACCAUAACCCCACCGCCACCAUGGGGCACGCUGUUCACAACGUUGACAUCAGCAAACCGCUCACCCACACGACGCCAUACACACUGUCUGCCAUCUGCCCAGUACAGUUGAAACUGGGAUUCAUCUGUGAAGAGCACACUUCUCCAGCGUGCCAGUGGCCAUCAAAGGUGAGCAUUUGCCCACUGAAGUUGGUUACGACUCUGAACUGCAGUCAUGUCAAGACCCUGGUGAGGACGACUAGCACGCAGAUUAUCUUCCCUGAGACGUUUUGUGCAGAAAUUAUUCGGUUGUGCAAACCCACAGUUUCAUCAGCUGUCCAGGUAGCUGUUCUUAGACAAUCCCGCAGGUGAAGAAGCCGGAUGUGGAGGUCCUGGGCUGGCAUGGUCUGUGGGUGUGAGGCAGGUUGGACGUACUGCCAAAUUCUCUAAAACGACAUUGAAGGCGCCUUAUGGUAGAGAAAAUAACAUUAAAUUCUCUGGCAUCAGCUCUGGUGGACAUUCCUGCAGUCAGCAUGUCAAGUUGAGGGAGCGUGCAAUUGGCAUCUGUGGCGUUGUGUGACACACAACUGCACAUUUUAGAGUGGCCUUUUAUUGUCCCCAGCACAAGGUGCACCUGUGUAAUGAUCAUGCUGUUUAAUCAGCUUCUUGAUAUGCCGCACCUGUCAGGUGGAUGGACUAUCUUGGCAAAGGAGAAAUGCUCACUAACAGGGAUGUAAACAAAUUUGGGCAUACUUAUUUUGAGAAAUAAGCUUUUUGUGCGUAUGGAACAUUUCUGGGAUCUUUUAUUUCAGCGCUCGAAACAUGGGACCAACAUGUUUCACUUUUAUAUUUUUGUUCAGUAUAGUUUAAUUGAGCUGGAUGGUUGCUGGUGUUACUGACUGGGUUAGUUCUGCGCAGCACACGACUUUGAUAGCCUCUGCUGAACUGAAACCAAGGUGUUAAUUUGACACCAAUUGCCCUGGUGCCAUCCAGAUCUGCCAAACAGCUUUGAAAUCGUUCAAAUACUUUUGAGUGUUUGCUUGAGCCUGCCUCGAGUGCCGGAUUGAUGGGUUUUGCACUUUUGGGACUAUUCCAUGUCCAUUACAAUAAUGGAAAUAACACAAACAUUGUUAUUACAUGAUCAGUUGAAGUUAUUGUUAUUCAUUAAAAAAAGUUGCUACUGACCUGAUAACAUAAUAACCACCGGAUAACAUAAUUAGCUUGAUUUAAUAAUGAUCAAAUGAAGUGUUACCCGUUUGUGUGUGUGUGUGUGUGUGGUGAGACUAUGCAUGUGUGUACAUUUCAAUGUGUGCUUGUGAGUGUCUAUGUAUUCCUGUAUGAUGUGCAUGAGUUUGUUUGUAUUGUGAUUGGGAGUAGGUGGUAUGUGCAUCAAAUUGAGAGUAGUAGUACAUAAAAACAUUGAUUUAGGUAUGUUAUCACAUGAUUGGUUGAAGUUAUUAGAUUAUUCAUAAAGUUGUUACUCACCAGUUAAUGUCAUAACCACCGGUUAAUGUAAUAACUUAUUACAAUUUAGCUGAAAAAGUAAAGUUUACCAUUCAACAAUUUAAUUAAGUUUACUGGCAAGUUAUUACAUUUACCAGGUUUAUAAAAAAUAUAUACAGUGGGGAAAAAAUGUAUUUAGUCAGCCAAGUUCUCCCACUUAAAAAGAUGAGAGAGGCCUGUAAUUCUCAUCAUAGGUACACGUCAACUAUGACAGACAUUGAGAUUUUUUUUCUCCAGAAAAUCACAUUGUAGGAUUUUUAAUGAAUUUAUUUGCAAAUUAUGGUGCAAAAUAAGUAUUUGGUCACCUACAAACAAGCAAGAUUUCUGGCUCUCACAGACCUGUAACAACUUCUUUAAGAGGCUCCUCUGUCCUCCACUCGUUACCUGUAUUAAUGGCACCUGUUUGAACUUGUUAUCAGUAUAAAAGACACCUGUCCACAACCUCAAACAGUCACACUCCAAACUCCACUAUGGCCAAGACCAAAGAGCUGUCAAAGGACACCAGAAACAUAAUUGUAGACCUGCACCAGGCUGGGAAGACUGAAUCUGCAAUAGGUAAGCAGCUUGGUUUGAAGAAAUCAACUCUGGGAGCAAUUAUUAGGAAAUGGAAAACAUACAAGACCACUGAUAAUCUCCCUCGAUCUGGGGCUCCACGCAAGAUCUCACCCCGUGGGGUCAAAAUGAUCACAAGAACGGUGAGCAAAAAUCCCAGAACCACACGGGGGGACCUAGUGAAUGACCUGCAGAGAGCUGGGACCAAAGUAACAAAGCCUACCAUCAACACCAGUAACACACUACGCCGCCAGGGACUCAAAUCCUGCAGUGCCAGACGUGUCCCCCUGCUUAAGCCAGUACAUGUCCAGGCCCGUCUGAAGUUUGCUAGAGUGCAUUUGGAUGAUCCAGAAGAGGAUUGGGAGAAUGUCAUAUGGUCAGAUGAAACCAAAAUAUAACUUUUUGGUAAAAACUCAACUCGUCGUGUUUGGAGGACAAAGAAUGCGGAGUUGCAUCCAAAGAACACCAUACCUACUGUGAAGCAUGGGGUGGAAACAUCAUGCUUUGGGGCUGUUUUUCUGCAAAGGGACCAGGACGACUGAUCCGUGUAAAGGAAAGAAUGAAUGGGGCCAUGUAUCGUGAGAUUUUGAGUGAAAACCUCCUUCCAUCAGCAAGGGCAUUGAAGAUGAAACAUGGCUGGGUCUUUCAGCAUGACAAUGAUCCCAAACACACCGCCUGGGCAACGAAGGAGUGGCUUCGUAAGAAGCAUUUCAAGGUCCUGGAGGGGCCUAGCCAGUCUCCAGAUCUCAACCCCAUAGAAAAUCUUUGGAGGGAGUUGAAAGUCCGUGUUGCCCAGCGACAGCCCCAAAACAUCACUGCUCUAGAGCAGUUCUGCAUGGAGGAAUGGGCCAAAAUACCAGCAACAGUGUGUGAAAACCUUGAAGACUUACAGAAAACGUUUGACCUGUGUCAUUGCCAACAAAGGGUAUAUAACAAAGUAUUGAGAAACUUUUGUUAUUGACCAAAUACUUAUUUUCCACCAUAAUUUGCAAAUAAAUUCAUAAAAAAUCCUACAAUGUGAUUUUCUGGAUUUUCUUUUCUCAUUUUGUCUGUCAUAGUUGACGUGUACCUAUGAUGAAAAUGACAGGCCUCUCAUCUUUUUAAGUGGGAGAACAUGCACAAUUGGUGGCUGACUAAAUACUUCCCCCCCCCACUGUAUAUAUGUGUGUUUUAUUACAAAUAGAAAAGUUAUUACAUUUACCGUUGUUACAAUCCACUCCACAACUAAAGUUAAAUGGUUAAAUAGACCAUUCAGCCUAAUCUGUUUUUUCUCUGCAUGGACAGGCCCUGGUGGAUACCCAGUCUACGGGCAGACCAAGCCCUCCAUGACCCCCUUUGGGCAGCCCAUGGCUGGGCCGGGGAUGGCCAAUAACCCAUUCAUGGUGAGCGUCUAGUAGCUUAUGUGUGUGUUUCCAGAUCUUGUUGCGGGACCGAAGGAUGCAUUGUGCUCUUUUAAUAGUAAUACUUGUAAUACAAGUGUGAAACACUUUGUGCCUGACUUUGUGACCAACAAAUACAAGUCUGAACAAUUGACUUACACAUGCAUCUUCUGCAUGGGUCCAAUGUAAAAACAGCUAUGUGGUUGGUCACCCAUGCAGCCUCGCUCUCUGCUAACUUCAUGGAUGAGUUUGGAAGUCAUGCUGAUAGUCAUGUUAUUUUACGAUAUUGAAUAACCAUUUGUUUUCAACCAGGCGGGAGCCCUGGCUGGACCCUACCCCACUGGAGGCUCAUCCACCAACCCCUUCCUGUAGUGCGCCUCCCACCCCGUCAACUCCACCAGAGGGAAGCAUGCAGCACCGAUUCAAUGCACCGGCUCCGUCACACCCUGUGAUGUGACAGUACAUUUCUGAAACUCUGAAUUUAUUAAAAGCUUAGUUUACGACACUAUAAAGGACUAUGGGAUUUGGGACUGCCAUGGAAUGAUGCCCUUGGACUAAAUACGUUCUCUAUACAUUUAUUUUUUUGUUAUGUUUGACAGCUCUUUAUUGUGCAUAUCGGCAUUUGUAAUCACGUUAAAAUACAAGGUAUAGUAAGGACUCGACGUGGUUGGGCAACAUUGUGGAUGUGCCACUAUGUUUCUACCAGUGGGUUUAUAGGAUAACUAACAGGGUCGUAUACAAGUCUAGGAGGGAACUGAGGUAACGUAAAGAUUUUUUGCCUCGAACGAUGAGGAUUAGAUGUUGGCGAAUAAUCAGGCUGGCAGAGGAGUCAUGCACCUAAUUCUAUUUGAGGGGGCACUAUUGGCCAAAUUCAGUAUAAUUUAAUUCUGUGUAAAAGAAACAAUCUAUUGUGUAAUGGUUUCAAUUGGCAUGACGCCUCUGCCUGUAGGUAUGGCAUCCGGAAAGGGACUUUUAUUUGGUGCAUAAUUAAAGCCACUAUUACU